AUGUCUCAGUCAGCAGCAAUCCACCCAGGUGGAACGGAUGUAGCACUUGCACCUCGAUCUUCACGGGCUCAGGAUGUCAAGGACAAGGCGGAACAACUCAAAGCAAUAUUGUGCCUGCGCAACAUUAAGGUUACCGAGGAACCCCUGGAUGUUUUCAUGACGAAACACGCAUGGCUAAAGCCGAAAUGGUUGGACAAGCUCCAACUUGUUAACAACAACAUCCAGACAUUCUCCAAGGCUGUUGGGACCAUCUGCCAAGCCAAUGGCAUUGCUUCUAUGGUAUGGGGUGUUUUGAGAUUCAUCGUGGAUGCGUUCGGCAGAUACUUUGGUCUUUUGGACAAAAUCAUCGACAUCUAUGAUGAAAUGGCGCGAUCUUUCUCAAUGUUGAAAGACUACGCGAGGCUUUAUGGCACGAUUGUGGAAGAUGCUGUCUUGGAUAUCUAUUGUUCCUACCUUGAUUUUUCAAUCAAUGUAGCCGAGACUUUUGCCCGCAAUCCACUGAAGGUCAUCUUCAAGAUGACAGCCCGCUUUUCCCCUAUCGAGCUGACCCUAAGAGACGGAGCAAAAAAGAUUUGCAGCGCGACUCAAUCUUUUCAGGAUCAAAGGGACCUCAUCAGAGACAAGAUUGCUGUCGACACCUGGAAGAGAGUUGACACGAUAGAGAAAAGAUCAAUUCAAGGACCAACAAGCCAAGAAAGCCCCAAGUUAAAAAGGAUCUUCUCGGUCUCAAAGCCUCAAAAUGGAAAGUUUUGUGGGAGAAAGGAAGUGUUUGACCAACUGGCCCGCCACCUGCUCCCGGCCCAAGACUCGCUGCAAAAGUCGUGCACGUUACACGGGGCACCUGGUAUGGGUAAAACCCAGAUAGCAGUUGAGUUUGCUUAUCGAUGUUGUGGAACCUUCCCGGAACUCCAUAUCUUCUGGGUUCCUGCCGAGGAUGAGACCGUUCUUUCCCAAGCAUUUUGCAAGAUAGCCCGGCUUGUUGGAGGGCAGCAGACGGAAAAGGAAGUUACAGAUUCGGCAAGACUUGUUGAGACUGCAACUACCUGGCUGCGUGAAAAUACGUCAUGGUUGAUGAUCUUCGACAAUGUCAACAACCCCGACCUCUUCAAGAAAUUCCAACCAUGCUGCAAGCACGGCUCGAUUCUCGUCACCAGCCAGUAUCAGAGGACAAUACGGGCCACGACAAAAGAGAUACUUUUGAAGCCCUUGACACCCCAAGAAGGUUCAGAUCUCAUCCUCGAACACAUUCCCGACCAUCAAAGGCCGUAUAUGGGAGACCCAAAAUCGCUGGCCCAAAUUCUCAUGAAAAUGUCAGAAGAAGUUAACGGAUCGCCACUUGUCCUCGUUGGAAUUGCGGGGUCCAUCGUUUCUUCGGCAGUCUCGGCAGAAGGAGCCCUUAAGGUGCUGCAGGAAUCUGGGAAUUCAGGCAAGAGCAACCCCAUUACGAACGGUCACUCCGACUGUGAGUACGACCGGCCUGUUGACUCUGCUUGGGAUAUGGCGUUGAGAUCAGUUCCUGACAAAGCAUUGACAAUACUGAGGAUCAUGAGCAUGUUUUCGGCGGAUAACAUUCCCGUUAACAUUCUCAACCGGGACCUUCAGGGCAAGCUGAGUUUCCUGGGAUACAAAGACCCUCUACGCUUCCGUUAUGAAAUUCAGGCUCCUCUUGUGGAACGGUACUUGAUUGAAGAUGGUAAUAAGGCGUCGCCUUGGUCCUUCUACGGCAUCCAUCGGCAACUGCAAGCAAAGAUAUUGCGGGAUCUCCGAUCCGUACCCGACCAGUAUCAGCUCACCUUCGAUCGUGCCGUGGCACUCAUUGCACAUGAAUUCCCGCCCUUCCCAUGCUUCAUGACGCCCAACUUCUCACAGUGGCCAUCAUAUGAGAAACUGGUUGCCCAUGUCCUUGAGGUCCAUUCGGGUUUCCUUGCUAGCGAAAGGAGCCAAGGCCAGGAUGAAACCCCAAACGUGACUCCUCUUAUCCCCAGCAUGGCCUUUGCUGAGCUUCUUAUUAGCGCUGGAUACUACUUCUACGAAGUAGGUUUGGAAGAUUCGUGUGUAGCGGUCUUGGAGACCGCCGAGAAGAUUUUCCACGAAUUCCGCAUUACCACAACGGCCGAAGCCAUCACGCAGAGGGGUCGAGGCCGUGUUUUUUGCGGCAAUAAACCGAUAAGGGAAGCACUUCUAGCACUAACCGAAAGCGUUUUUACCACUAAAAAAGGCUUCCGUCAUCGCACUACUGUCUCGACGAUCACUCCUCAACUACCAAUUUACGCCAAGUCUCUGAAGCUCGAGACAAAUGCCAUUGCAGUAACUUGGGGCCUCACUGAGCAGGCGUGGGGUCUGACGGGUGCACGCGAAGCCAUGAAAAAGGCAAAGCAAGUGGUCUCUUUGCGCCAGAAGCAUGCAGAUCUACCUGGACUUUCCUCUGAAGAUAGGUUCGAAAGUCAAGUCCUGCUAUCCAACGCUUACAACGACAUUGGGGUUCAAAUGCUUCACAUGCACCAAUACGCAGGUGCUAUGGACUACCUCAAAAAGUCACUCAAUCUCAAGACCAAGUUGGAAACACAAGGCCACACGUUACCGGCCCGGGCGUUCGAAUUUGCUGAAUCCACCAACAAUCUGGCAUUUGCAGCGCUUGGCCAGAAUCUCGCAGAAGACGCUCUAAAAUACAGCGAAACGGCUGUGGACUUUAUCAAUAAGGAUGGCAGCCAUGACAGCGACGCAACCCGCUUUUACUUCUGUCAUGGGGUUUCCCUCUUUCUCUGUGGCCAACCCGAAAAGGCCCUGGAGGUGAUGACAGAAGUCCACAGAAAGCGUAAAGACACAUUUGGUGAAUCGGGGCGCCAAACAAGGGAUACCAACUACGCCAUCAGCUUCAUUCACUACUCUCAGGGCCGCUGCAAGGAAGCCAAGCAAGUUUUCUGCCAUUCCUGGUCUUUAUUUCCCUCUCUCGUCCAGCCAAAGCUCCUGACUAACCCAACUCAACGCAGGAAAGCCAUCCAAGGAUGCUUCAUCAAACAAGCCAAGGGCAUAUGGCCCCCCGAAUGCCUCACUCGCGCUAAGUACUUGGAGUCUCAGAUUCUAAAGGCGCUCGGAGACCUUACCGAAGGCAACAGAAAAUACGACGAGGCAGUCCAAGAACUGGACGGGUAUUUGUCUGUGAUUUUCCCCGAUGCCCAUGCCCAGAAGGCAAAAUGUAACACCCCUGCAUGCAGAGGCUAUGCGGAGCUCAUGGCUGCUGAUGAGGCACUACGGUUUGACUAUGUCGUCCCUUUCUUUGCGGGGAGGUUUGCCAGUACGUUGAUAGGUGUUGGAAUUCGAAGCGGUGCUGGGUGUUUCCCGCCGUUGGAGGACCUGGAAUGA